AUGUCUGCGACACAUCGUCUCUCAUUCUGUCUUGCUCGAGAACUCACUAGUGAAGACGACGCUCUCGGUCAGCAGGUUAUGAAAGGUCUUAUAUCUUACAUUCACUCUACCAGGGAUCAGUCCAGACAAGAAUUUUCUGGGCUCAAGGACUUUCUUGAUUACCGUGCUGUUGAUAUUGCGUCAGAGUUCGUUUUUGCGUGCGUCAGAUUCGUCAACAGCAUCAACCUCUCGUCCGCCGGGGCAGAACCAUUGGAUAAGCUCGUCAAACUCGCCAGGGACCAUAUAAUACUUGUUAACGACCUUUAUUCGUUCGAGAAAGAGGAGAAUGAUUUACAAUCGAAGAAUGCCACUAUUAUCAACACAGUACAUUACCUGAAGCUCCUCCUGUCAGUCGAAUCCAAAGCAGCAAAAGACAUCGCGUAUUGCCUUAUUCAGGACAUUGAACUCCAGCUACAUGAAGAACUACGCAAAUUACGCACCCUGAGAUCAUUGGACAAGACGCAGUUCAGGUAUGCUCGAGCGGUGAUCGAAUGCGCGGCUGGUAAUGUCAUGUAUUCGGUGACUUCGAAACGCUAUGGUGGAAAGGCUGCUAUUCCUUACAAGCUUCCAGACAGUCCACAACAUCAGGAAGCUUCCAUUCUGGCACUUUAG